AUGGAGAGCGGCCUGUUUGGGAGCUAUGCGAAAGAGUACGCCGCAAAGAGCACAGAGCUCAGCCAGAAGAUAGAGGGGCUGGUGUUGCUGUCGGCAGAUCAGAAACGCAGCAGCGCACGAGAGGUGGAGGCGGCGGUGCGAGAGUGCGAGCAGCUGCUGCAACGCAUGGACAUGGAGGCCCGCAGCUACUCGCCCGACCAGGCGCGCCAGCUGCUGCAGCAGUGCAAGGAGUACAAGGCCGACCUGGGCAAGCUCAGGGAGGAUGCGCGGCGAGCCACCGCGGCUGGAGGUGCCGGGGCUGCCGCUGACGCGCGUGCCGAGCUGGGCGUGGCUGGCGACUUCUACCAGACCUCUGCGGGCCAGCGCGACCGCCUGCUGUCCUCCACCGACCUCCUCAACAAGACCAGCGACCGCAUACAGCAGGGGCGGCAGCAGCUGCUGGAGACAGAGGAGCUGGGUGUCCAGAUCCUGAGCGACCUGCAGCGGCAGCGCGAGACCAUCCUUCACUCGCGCGACACGCUGCACACGGUGGACACCCACAUCUCGCGCAGCCGCCAGAUCCUGCAGACCAUGAGCCGCCGCAUCAUCCAGAACAAGGCCAUCAUGUGGGGCAUCAUCUUGCUGCUGCUGGGAGCCAUCGGCCUGGUGCUGUGGGCCAAGUUCUGA